GAAGUCCCCUCACUCAUACCGGAAUUGCCUUUCACGCCGCUCGUUGUCGGCCAUUUUUUACAAGUACAAGCUCCCCGACACACAGAACACAACACACCCCCGUUAUAACUGUAAAUAUUAUCGGAGUACACCACCGCAGUGAGACGUGAACAGCCGUCAUGUCGGACUUUAUUGUCAGCGAGGCUGAGGAGUCGGAGGAGGAGGAGGAGGAGUUAGAAGAGAAAGACUUAAAACCUAAAAAGACCCAGCGGUUUGUGGAGGAAGAUGACGAGGAAGAAGAAGAGAACACAGAGGACCAGGAUGAACGAGGAAAUUUACGCGGACUCAUUGAUGAUGCAGAAGAGGAGGAGGAGGAGCCGGCGCCACCAGCACCUGCAAGUGCAGCGGGGAGUGACUCAGAAGAAGAAGUGAAGCAUCGACGGAAAAAGCGCAAUCGUAGUGACGACUACCUGGAUGACGAUGAUUUGGACCUGAUUGAGGAAAACUUGGGUGUUAAAGUGAAAAGAAGGAAGAAGAAAUACGACCGUGUAAAAACACUCGAUGAUGAUGAAGAAGAUGACGACGAGAAGGACUUGAUCGCGGAUGAGAUCUUUCAUGGAGAUGCAGAGGGCGAUCUGGAGGAAGGGGAGGCCGUCGAUGAGCCCCUCCACCAAGCAGAUGACGAGGAAGAAGGAGAAGACGAGGAGUCGGAUAUAGACGAUUUUAUUGUGGAUGAUGACGGUCAACCCAUCACCAAAAAGAGGGGCAAGAAGUUCUCAGGAUACACAGAUGCAGCCCUCCAGGAGGCCCAGGAAAUCUUCGGCGGAGACUUUGACUUUGCUGAAUUUGACGCAGACGCAUACGACCAGGGUGAGGAGGAGGAGGAGGAGGACCAGGAUGAAGAAGCUUGGGACCGACCCAAGAAGCAGACAAAGAGGAGGCAAGGCAGGAAGAGCAUCUUUGAGAUCUACGAGCCCAGCGAGCUGGAAAGUAGUCACAUGACCGACCAAGACAACGAGAUCCGUAACACAGACAUGCCGGAGAGGUUCCAGUUGCGAUCCAUCCCUGUUAAACCCGCUGAGGAUGAUGAGCUGGAAGAGGAAGCAGAGUGGAUCUUCAGACAUGGAUUCUCCACUCUAACUAUCUCCAUGCAGGAGAGCACAGAUUAUCUGGACAGGGGGACGACUACAAACUUCAGCAGGAAGGGCCCCAGCACAAUUGCCAAGAUCAAAGAGGCCCUCAACUUCAUGAGGAAUCAACAAUUUGAGGUCCCAUUCAUAGCUUUCUACAGGAAAGAAUAUGUGGAGCCAGAACUAAACAUAAACGACCUGUGGAAGGUUUGGCAGUGGGAUGAAAAGUGGACUCAGCUGAAGAACCGGAAGCAGAACUUGACCCGUCUGUUCCAGAAGAUGCAGGCCUACCAGUUUGAGCAGAUCUCAGCUGACCCUGACAAACCUUUGGCUGACGGCGUCCGUCCUUUGGACAUCUCCGACCUGGAGAGAUUGAAAGAUGUGCAGACUCUUGAAGAGCUGGGGGAUGUUUACAACCACUUUCUGCUCUACUACGGCCGAGACAUCCCCAAGAUGCAGAACACUGUAAAGACCAGUAAGAAGAGGCUCAAGAAGAUCAAAGAAGUGAACGAGGAUGGUGAAGAAGAGGAAUUGGAGGUAGAAGAAGAAGAAGAAGAACAGAAAGGACCUGACCUCAAGCUGGCGUCUCGUAGAGAUAUGUACAGCAUCUGUCAGAGCGUAGGACUGGAUGGCUUGGCUAAAAAGUUUGGGUUAACUCCAGAGCAGUUUGGAGAGAAUUUGCGUGACAGUUACCAACGUCACGAGACGGAGCAGUUCCCGGCCGAGCCCGUGGAGCUGGCCAAAGACUACGUGUGCAGUCAGUUCAGCUCUCCUGAGGCCGUGCUGGAAGGAACCAGGUACAUGGUGGCCAUGCAGAUCGCCCGUGAACCUCUGGUCAGACAUGUCCUCCGACAGACCUUUCAAGAGAGGGCCAAGAUCAACAUCAAGCCCACAAAGAAGGGGAAAAAGGAGAUAGACGAGGCUCAUUUUGCCUACUCCUUCAAGUAUCUUAAGAACAAGGCUGUAAAAGAGCUGAAUGGGGAUCAGUUCUUGAAGAUGGGCCUGGCAGAGGAAGAGGGGCUGCUUACCAUUAAUAUCUGCAUUGACCUUUUAGGAGUCAAAGGCUUCGCCGGGGAACAGACUUACUUUGACGAGAUCAAACAGUUCUACUACAGAGAUGAGUUCAGUCACCAGGUGCAGGAGUGGAACAGGCAGCGAACUCUUGCCAUAGAGAGAGCCCUCACUCAGUUCCUCUACCCUCAGAUGGCCAAGGAGCUCAAGAGCAAACUGAUCACUGAGGCCAAGGAGAGCAUUGUCCGGUCCUGCUGCCGUCGGUUGUACAACUGGCUGAAAGUGGCUCCUUACCGACCAGAUCAGCAGGUUGAGGAAGACGAUGAUCUGAUGGAUGAGAGUCAGGGCAAAGGCAUUCGGGUGCUGGGAGUAGCAUAUGCGCCCAGCAGAGACACACCUGUGUUCUGUGCUCUGAUCAACGGGGAAGGGGAGGUGGCCGACUUCCUGCGUCUGCCCUACUUCAUGAAGAGGAGGAACGCCUUUAGGGAGGAUGAGAGAGAGAAGAAGGCCCACGACAUCGAAACUCUCAAAAAGUUUCUAUCUGGGAAGAAACCUCAUGUUGUGGCUGUCGCUGGGGAAAACAGAGAUGCUCAAAUGAUCAUGGAGGACAUCAAGAGGGCCAUCAGCGAGCUGGAACAAGAGUCCUCUGUCCCCGCUGUGGGAGUGGAGCUCGUUGACAAUGAGUUGGCCACGCUGUACAUGAACAGCAAGAAGUCUGAGGUUGACUUUAGGGAUUACCCCCCCUUGCUGCGACAGGCUGUGUCAAUAGCCAGGAAGAUCCAGGACCCCCUGAUAGAGUACGCUCAGGUUUGCAGCACUGAUGAUGAUAUUCUCUGCCUCAAACUCCACCCGCUGCAGGAACAAGUGGUGAAGGAAGAUUUGCUCUGUGCUCUUUACUUUGAAUUCAUUAACCGUGUGAAUGAGGUCGGAGUGGAUGUGAACAAGUGCAUCGCCCACCCUCACACCCAGAGCCUGGUGCAGUUUGUCUGUGGUCUGGGGCCGAGGAAGGGCUCCCAGCUGCUGAAGAUUCUGAAGCAGAACAACACCCGUCUGGAAAACCGAACCCAGCUGGUCACAAUGAGUCACAUGGGACCCAAGGUGUUCAUCAACUGUGCUGGUUUCAUCAAGAUCGACACGGCGUCGCUCGGAGACAGUACGGACUCCUACAUCGAGGUCCUGGAUGGGUCUCGUGUUCACCCUGAGACGUACGAGUGGGCUCGUAAGAUGGCCGUGGACGCUCUCGAGUACGAUGAAUCGGCAGAAGAUGCCAACCCAGCCGGAGCUCUGGAGGAGAUCUUGGAAAACCCAGAGCGUCUCAAAGAUCUGGACCUGGACGCCUUCGCUGAAGAGCUUGAGAGACAGGGUUAUGGCAACAAGGGCAUUACUCUGUAUGAUAUCCGUGCAGAGCUGAGCUGCAGGUACAAAGAUCUGAGAGUCGCCUACAGGGUCCCCAACACUGAGGAGGUCUUCAACCUGCUCACCAAGGACACCCCAGAGACUUUUUAUAUUGGUAAGCUGAUCACCAGUAUAGUAACUGGUAUCGCUCACCGGCGGCCUCAGGGAGAGAGCUACGACCAGGCCAUCAGAAACGACUCCACCGGGCUGUGGCAGUGUCCUUUCUGCCAGCAGGACAACUUCCCCGAACUCAGCGAGGUUUGGAAUCACUUUGACAGCGGUUCGUGUCCAGGUCAGGCCAUCGGGGUGCGGUCCAGAUUAGAUAACGGCGUCCAGGGGUUCAUUCCCACCAAGUUCCUCAGUGACAAAACGGUCAAACACCCCGAGGAGAGGGUCAAGGUGGGUAUGACGGUUCACUGCCGCAUCAUGAAAAUUGACAUUGAGAAAUUCAGCGUGGACCUCACAUGCCGCACCUCCGAUCUGAUGGACAAGGCCAAUGAGUGGAAGCUUCCCAAGGACAGCUACUAUGACUUUGACAAAGAGACUGAAGACCAAAAACAGGAAGAGGACCUCAAAAAGAAACAACAGCGAACACCAUAUAUAAAGCGUGUGAUCGCCCAUCCCAACUUCCACAAUAUCAGUUUCAACCAGGCAGAGAAAAUGAUGGAGACCCUGGACCAAGGAGACCUGAUCAUCAGACCCAGCAGCAAGGGGGAGAACCACCUCACGGUCACCUGGAAGGUGGCUGAUGGCAUCUACCAGCAUGUGGAUGUGAGGGAAGAAGGCAAAGAGAACGCAUUCAGCUUAGGACACACUCUCUGGAUCAACUCUGAGGAGUUUGAAGAUUUGGAUGAAAUCAGUGCUCGGUACAUUCAACCAAUGGCGUCAUUUGCCCGAGAUCUCCUGGGGCAUAAGUACUUUCAGGAAUUGGGGAGCAAGGAUAAAAUGGAGGAGUUGUUGGUCAAGACAAAGAGGGAGAAGCCUACUUUUAUUCCAUACUUUCUAUCGGUAUGUAAAGAGCUCCCGGGGAAAUUCAUCCUGGGCUACCAGCCUCGAGGAAAACCAAGGGUUGAGUAUGUGACCAUCACCCCGGAUGGCUUCCGGUACCGCUCACAGGUUUUCCCCACAGUGAACGGGUUAUUCCGCUGGUUUAAGGACCAUUACCAAGAGCCUGUGCCAGGCGUCACUCCCAGCAACAGCAGUCGAACAAGGACUCCUGCGUCCCUGAACGCCACCCCAGCAAAUAUCAACAUCGCAGACUUGACGCGAGCUGUCAACUCCCUCCCACGCAACAUGACCUCUCAGAUGUUCAAUGCCAUCGCCGCGGUUACAGGCCAGAACCAGAACCCCAACACCACCCCCGCUCAGUGGGGCUCCAGCCAGUACGGAUACGGUGGCAGCACAGGGGGAGGAGGGGGGAGCUCCUCUGCGUACCAUGUGUUUGCUACCCCUCAGCAGCCCAUAGCGACACCCCUGAUGACGCCCAGCUACUCGUACACCACCCCCAGCCAGCAGGCUCUGGGCACGCCGCAGUACACCAACACCACCCCCCAGUCCUCACACUCCCACGGGAGCCUUCCACUCGGGAGCCACGUGUCACAACCAAGCCACCACAGCAGUCAACACAGCAACCCGUCCGGCACACCCACAUCCUCCACCUCAUCCAGAGGACGCACGCCACAGCAGCAGCAGCAGCCGCCGCCGCCAAAGCCCAGCGGCAGCAACGCCUCCGCAGUGGACUGGGGCAAGAUGGCGGAGCAGUGGCUGAAGGAGAAAGAGGCGGAGGGGCGGAAGAAGACCCCGAGGAUGACGCCCCGCCCGUCCCCCAGCCCCAUGAUCGAGAGCACGCCCAUGUCCAUCGCCGGAGACGCCACACCCCUGCUGGACGAAAUGGACCGAUAGGACACGGAGGGGGGCGUCGCUACCCGCACCCCUGCCCAACUCCAUCCUUUGUACUGCUUCUUCAUCUGGAUAACCCUCAAACUGUUCUCCACAACCCAUCAGCCCUGUCCAUUCACCUCUCCCCCUCCUCAUAUUGUAGAUGUUGUUUGUAAAGUCUGCCAUCAUGGUUAAUCUCAUCUCCUUCCUCCUCCCCCUCCCCCAUCUCCUCCCAGAUGUUCCCCUCCUGACCUCCAGCCGUCUCCUCUGGCUGCUUAGUAUUCUGUACAGUCAGAGUAACACUGUAUACGUUACUCAUAAAGUCAGCACAAUGGCAAAAAAAGAAGCUUGAAAUAUCAGACAGCAGUUACACAUAGGAUAUGGACCUACACAGACAAUGUCACACAAGCUGCCCUACCUUCUUUACUUCAGCGAUUGCUUUUAGUUUAAUCUAUGAAUGGUUUUGACAGAGGCGCACAGUCUCAUCUUCAAAAACCCACUUUUCCUCUAUAAAUGGUUAGUGGAUUUUUGCGAGCAGUUGCCAAAAGAGCGCUUUGCCAAGCCAAUCAGGACAUUUAAUUUUUGUAUGGAAUGCGUCACAAUGAAUAAAAACAGUUUUUUUCUGUUUGAAUCUCAAGCCUCCGCUCUUCACAUCUGUUAAAACAAACACACCUGUGACCACAAACACACAUACACUGCGAAUGUGAGUGUUGAGGCUGAUUUAAAAAUCUAAAUCAAGGAGAAACUCAUGUCAGCUGAGUUUAUCUCAAACAUGAAAUACUGUCUGUCUCCAUCACAUGCUGUAUUCUGAUCGACUGCCUAUGUGUUCGGCUCCUGUAGAUAGCCUCUAUUGUAUUGUUGACUCCUAUUGACACUAACAACAUGCACCUUUGGAGGUAACUGUGGUUGUUGAGAGGACUUCUAUGUGAGAAAGUGAAGAAACAGUCAUUUAUUAAACAAUUGAUUUUUAGUAACAAGUGGAAGUCAGUAUCAUGUCUGUGUCAGAACGUCAUUCUUUAAGUUGGCUCCAAUUUGAAUCCCUUGGGUUUUUAAUGUUUAGUGAGUAUUUCACGUUUGACACUGGGGUUUGAAGUGUGCCACCACGCCGGAUGUGAUACAUUUCUGCUGUAAUUCACUCAGCAGUAAAAAUGAAGAUGCUUCAGUGGAUGAAAUGUCUCUCAGCGUAUUGGCUACCAUCGCACUGACUUGCCACUGCGUGUAUAUCUCUUUCUGUGUAUAAUAAUCAGAAGUGCACGCAGCUAUUUCAGUAAAAGAAAUAUAUUGUCGUUAAAAAAACAAACAUUGAAUCUCUCGUGGUCGUCGUGCGAAAGUUUUUCUCUGCAUCCUCUUGACUUAUGCAUUUUAAUGUCUUCUUGCUGUGCCUCUGCCACAGUACAGGCAGCGCUGGUAUUCAAUGGUGUGCUUCAUAUUGCUGUGUGCCGAGUAUAAAGGUCCCAGAAUAUGCAUUUUGUGUUAAGUAAUUAUGGUUUUCGAGUACUUGUUUUUUUACGUCUCCCGCCAGAUUAAGAUACUGCAACUUUCUCAGCAAGGCUGUGAUUGGUUCCUGGUAGUUCGUUAGAGAGGAGGAAUGAUGUCUUUGGCACUGCUGAUGACCUUUUCUACCUGUGAUCCCUUUAAUAAAAGUGUUCAUAUUAAA